AUGGCCGACAACGAAAAGGGACUGCCUGAGACUUUGGCUAAGGCCCGGUCCGGGUCCGUCGAUCAUGCAGAAUACGGCACAUACACUCCCGAUAUUGCUCUGAUCCAAGCUGCCGCGGCCGCCAGCGAAGAAGAGACGAGGCUGCCCCGCAAGGAGCUCAUAUCACGAUAUCUGCCAGCUGCCAUUUACAGCAUGCUCCUGAGUAUGGCCCUGAUCAUGGAGGGCAUGGACGUUGGUCUCGUCAACAACUUCUUUGGACAAAAGGCGUAUUUGAGGAGGUUCGGUUGGCCAGAUGCCAAUGGCAAGCAACACAUCCCGACAUCAUGGCAGGCUGCCAUCGGCAAUGGCAACAAUUUGGGAAGCAUCAUCGGACUGCUUCUGAACGGCUGGCUUCAGUCUCGCUAUGGCUCCCGACGAGUCUACAUGGGUGCCAUGGCACUCAUGGGCGGGACAAUCUUUUCACUGUUCUUCGCAGUUAACGUCCAAAUGCUUUUCGCCGCCAACAUCUUGUGCGGCAUUCCCUGGGGUAUCUUUCAGACCCUGACUACUGCAUACGCUGCCGAGAUUUGCCCUGCUGCUAUGCGAGGAUACCUCACCGCAUGGGUUUCCAUGUGUUGGGGAUGUGGCUCCUUCCUUGCCGCCGGUGUUCUCCGUGGUUCACUGGGACUUCAGGGAGACUUGGCAUGGAAGAUCCCUUACGCUCUCCAAUGGGUUUGGGUGGUGCCUCUAUUCACUGUUGGCUUUUUUGCCCCGGAAAGCCCAUGGUACCUCGUUCGCCGUGGUCGCAUUGAAGAAGCCGAAAAGUCGCUACGCCGUCUUGCACGCAAGAACUUCUAUACUGAGCAGACCAUGGCUCAAACAUUGGCUCUCAUGAGACACACUAACGAAAUGGAAAAGAUCGAGUCAGCUGGCGCCAGUUACCGCGACUGUUUCCAUGGAACCAACUUGCGCCGCACAGGCAUCGUGGCCAUGGCCUGGCUUAUUCAGAUUCUCAAUGGCCAGGCCAUCUGCGCCUACGCUACCAUCUUCUUGCAAUCAGCCGGUAUGCCAGAAGUCCGAGCAUUUGACUUCAGCAUGGGUAUCCAGUCAGGCAAUAUUGUGGGCACCGCCAUUGCCAUUUCCCUAAUGGGCAAAGUCGGGCGUCGCGUCUUCUUCUUCUGGGGUUCCUCAAUCAUCGGUCUCCUCAUGCUCGUCAUUGGCAUCCUAGGCUUCAUUCCAGGGAAGACCAAUGUUGCUCUGGCUGUGGCUGUCGUCAUGAUCAUUGUUAACCUGACGUUCAAACUGUCGCUGGGCCCGACAACAUACACCAUUGUGGGCGAAAUGUCCUCCAGUCGUGUGCGUGCUCAGACCAUCGUUCUCGGACGCGCUAUCUACGUCGUGGGCCAAAUUGUCGUACAGCAGCUCAACCCUCGCAUGCUCAACUCCAGCAGUGACUCUUGGAAUUGGGGUGCGAAGACUGGCUUGUUCUACUUCGGACUUUGCUGCAUUUGGGCUGUGCUGAUCUUCUUCUUCCUCCCUGAGACGAAGAACCGCACAUUCGCAGAGCUGGACUACUUGUUCCAGAAGAGGACUCCGGCUCGCCAAUUCGCGACCACACCCGUUGAUUUAUUCGAGUUGACCGGAGGCGAUACCAGCGCCAAGAAGCUCGACGAUGAUGACCUCAACAGGAACGUUGGUGAGCUGCACGUGAAGGGAAUCUAG